AUGAACCCCGCCUUGACACUGGCUUUUGCGGCCGCUAAGAGAUUGCCAUGGAAGAAAGUUCCCGUAUAUUGGACGGCGCAGGUACUAGGGGCGUUUGUGGCUUCAGCGUGUGUUUAUGGCGUAUAUUACGGUGAGCGCAAGGGAAUAAUUUGAUGGAUUGACUGUUAUUAUCUUAGUUCCACAUUUGUUCCAUUUGACGGCAUAUUUAGUAAUGUUUUUUUUUUCUUAAAUUUCUUAAUUAUAUUUUAUUUCCUGUAUCUAAACUUAACAGAUGCCUUGAAUAAAUUUGAUGGUGGUGUUCGUCAGGUACUUGGUCCAAAAGGCACGGCAGGGAUCUGGGCGACUUAUCCUCAGCCCUUCUUAUCAACAGGAAAUGGCUUCGGUGAUCAGGUAAAUACGAGAGACGAAACAGGGGCAGCUGAAAAGUAUGAAAAGGCGAAUCCUUGCUGACGUCAAUGUUUACAUUUUUGCUCAUUAGCAUAGGAAUUAACCCAUAGAAGGCGUCGCCGUAUGUACAAGCUAGGUUCAAAAGAUGAAAGAGCUGGUUAAUAAUUUGAGCAGUAUAUGCAAUUUGCAUCUCUUUGCAACUAGUAACAAAGGAAAUAGCAGCAAUCAAAAACUGUGAAAUUUCUAAGCAGCAAAAACAGCUCAUACAUGCUCAGUUAGUUUGGGGUUUUUCCAAGAGAAUCUAUUAAGGGGUGUUAUCCAUUUAAAUGGGCAAAUGGGUUGGUUCGCGUUGUGGGCAAAUGGUAAGCAAUUCAUCAGUGGUUAAUUUUGUCCCGGAUCGCGUUUACCAUUUGUACAAAUCAGUUUCAUUUACCGAAAAACGGCCGCGAAGGCGUGGAACUGGUGUCAAAGAUGGCUUGGUUUGAAAUAUUUCAUCCGAAAAAAAACAAACAAACAAACAAACAAGACAACCUUUUCAGAUGUUCCGUUGCUCCCGGAAAUUUUCCGUAAGAACGAGCCAAAAAGUCGUUUUCCAUUUACUUUCCAAACGGAUUUUCCAGAAACUAGUAGGAUUCCCCUUCAGAUUGUUUUCACUCGCGUGCUUUGCAGCCAUGCAAAUUUCUUGGAACAAAAGAAUUAUUUUUCUUUACAUUAGAAGUCCCCACAGUUUUCUGCACAGUAAUGGACUGUUUACAUGGAGGUGGGGGGCCCCAGGUAGACGAGGUAACCCGCUUAGGUGGGGUAACCCGCCUGUCCAUGUAACCUCUCAUUUCAGUAGCCUGUUGAGCACGUUUACAUGAUAGGUGGGGUGACCCGUCACAUUUUACCUCACUCAAAUGAGGUCCCCCACCUCCAUGUAAACAGGCCCUAACAUGGCCACCGUUUCAUUGUUUUGUACAGCAUUAUGGCCGCCGUGACGUCAUGCAAAAAGGUCUGAACAGUUCUUUCCUUAGCAUAUACCGCUGUAUUAACGAUUUUGAGUCAGCUUUAAAAUAAAACUUUCCUAUCACAUUUAUUCCCAUUUUGUCAUAAAAAUGUGCCACUUACUCGCACUGUUCAUUAGGUCCUUGGUACCGCGCUGUUUGUGGGCUGUGUCUUCGCCAUCACCGACAAAAAAAAUAAUGCUCCCGACAAAGGAGUAGCACCUUUUAUUAUCGGACUGUUGGUAUUCGUCAUCGGCACAACAUUUGGAUUCAAUUGCGGUUAUGCAAUUAAUCCUGCUAGGGAUCUGGGACCAAGGAUAUUCACUGCCAUGGCAGGAUGGGGCGGCGAAGUGUUCACGUGAGUAAAUGGAGCAUUGCUGUAAGUUUUGUCGUUGUCGUCGUCGUAAUUGUUGUUGGAGUGAUCAACGUCGUAUGGGUUUACUUUUGUCUUGACCAUCUACUCGGCUAUUUCGCUAUUACAAGAAGAGAGAAACCUGCUAAUCCGGAAUUCUUUAUUUAUGAACAAUAGAUGCCUUUGGCCCUGUUCGCCCUACGACAAAAAUAGCCGGUUUGGCGCGUACAAAAAAUUUGAAAAUUGUUUACAAAGUUUUCGUCAAACCAGAAACGUCAAUUAAAGGAACUUUGAUUGGCCAUGUAGGCCUCCAAACUAUCUCGACAGCGUCUUUGAAGUUUGGUGACACUUUGUUAUGUGAAAAGAAAAUCUUUCGCACUAGAAAUGGCUUCCUGUUGACAGAUUUUGUUUUGCAAAACAAACAAAAUUUUGAGUAGUGCGAACAGGGCCUUUCCCAUGAAAUAAUAGAAACUAUCACGUGCUUUCGAGUCUUUGGAAUAGCAUAGAUGCUUAACUUAACUUGUUAGAAAAAGAGACAAUGCAGAGAAAAGUAAGAAAACUCAACUAUCAAUUUCAUGGGGUAGCAUGUUUCUGGUCCUCAGUCUGAGCACGCCAUCUGCGCAAAAUUAUUGUCGGAUAGUAAACCUUGCUCCUGAAAAAUCGAAGAUAAUGAUGCUUAACUAACCCAAAUUCGUACUCUCCAGAAGACUCCCAAGAGAGAUGAGUCCCUCUUUAACGUAGUUUCAACUUUAAAAAAAUUUCAUUGGUUUUAACGGUUCGAAUUAAUAUUUCAGAUCUUUGCUGUGGGGUCAGGGGCUCAGAUGAUUCUAAGCGACUGGAGGUUUGGAAAUUUCUUCUCUGUUAACCUCGGUGGGGGCAUGGGUGUAACGAUGGGAUGCUACUGGGCGUGGGGAAUCUCAGGUAUGCAAAUACAUUUGUACUUAGCAAACACUCUAUCGAUCAGAAAAGCCUGGACAAACAUGUGUGCGGGAAAUAUGAUUAAUAGCCAGUAUCUCUGGCUUGAACAACAAAACUGAAUUGGAUGAAUUUUUUUUUAUUUGGAGAAUGGAAAUAUUGAGGUCUUCGGAUCAUAGUACUGUAGUUAUCUGCCAGUGGGCAACCGAGCUCGAUACAGGUUCAUCGAGCUCAACAUGUCAACCAAGCUCAAUAAACAAUGUACCUCGGGAAAACGUACCUGAUAUGUCGAUAUGUUGUAACCAAGCUUGAAUCCAUUCUUACUCGGUCUCCAUUGACUGUGCUCGACAAGUAAUGGAGCUCGUAAGUCGAGUACGUGGAUCAUAUUAGUUAUCAGGGAAAAACCACACCGAGAAACCAGUGAGGGUCAGCCAGAUCCUUAGUAGACCUGGAUAAGUAAAACCUUCAACACCAAAUUUAAAAUUGAAACAGUAAACUGAUCCUUACGGCAGGAAGCUUGAUGGAAAAAAUAAAAAUAGGCGCCGUUUAAGGACCGAAAUAAAGGGCAAAUAAAAUUCACCAGUUUAGUUUUGUUUUCUUUGUCUUUUUGUACCACUCCUCCAGCCAUAAGUAUCAGUUUGCUAUUUUAAGUUUAAAAUUUGGCGAAUCAGAUACAUUGCACAGUCAAAUAAAUUUGCGUUUCUGAUAGAGAAUCAUCAUAUAUGAAUCGUUUUUACUCACUUGAUCAGCAUCUAUGAAAAUUUUUUCGAAACAAGAAGAUUAAGUUUUUACAUGCAAAAAGAGGACAAUCCACACAGGGUUUUCUUUGCACACUAAAAUGGCCGCCGUUUCAUUGUUUUCUACAUGAAAAAGGCUGUCGUGAUGUCAUGUGAAAAAUGAUCUAAUAGUGUAUACACCUGAUUUAAAAAACGUUGUCUCUUGAAAAGAAUAAACCAUGGACGAUGGGACCUCAUAGAUUCAUGGGCAGAACUUUAUAAGAGUUGUAAAUUUAAAAGUUCUUUCCAGAAAAGUCUAUAUUAUCGAAGCUAUUCGCGACGAGAUGCUCACAUCUUCACCUGUGCGGGGCACAUCAGAGAUUUCUAUUGUUAAUGAGCGUAGCCAUAUCGCUAACGCACACUUGAAAAUCAAAAGAUAAGACAUAAAAAGACCACUGCAUGCCUUAAUAAUCAAGGGUUUGGAUCUGCACCGAGCAGCUCGUAACAAUGUUAACUUUCGCUGAAAGAACUUUGAAUUUGCUUUGCUAAUGAACGUAUAACCAUAAAGCCUUAUCGUUCAUGGUUUACGGUUUUCAAUCAGGUAUAUUACUUCCGCACGUUUGGAAUGUAAUAAGCAGAGGAAAAAAUAAGAGAGAUAUUCAUAUACAUAAUGAUAUACAUUGGUGGUGCCAAAAGAGUCACUUGACAAGUUGUCUGUGAUCAAUGAUUCAAGUUAAUAGGCUACAAUGUGCGAAGUAAUGUACGUAAGCACUUAUUUUGGUCAUCCUUUAAUAGUAAACAUUUUCCCUUGCACCUCUUUCAGGUGCUCAAAUGAACCCCGCCUUGACACUGGCUUUUGCGGCCGCUAAGAGAUUGCCAUGGAAGAAAGUUCCCGUAUAUUGGACGGCGCAGGUACUAGGGGCGUUUGUGGCUUCAGCGUGUGUUUAUGGCGUAUAUUACGGUGAGCGCAAGGGAAUAAUUUGAUGGAUUGACUGUUAUUAUCUUAGUUCCACAUUUGUUCCAUUUGUCGGCAUAUUUAGUAAUGUUUUUUUUUUUCUUAAAUUUCUUAAUUAUAUUUUAUUUCCUGUAUCUAAACUUAACAGAUGCCUUGAAUAAAUUUGAUGGUGGUGUUCGUCAGGUACUUGGUCCAAAAGGCACGGCAGGGAUCUGGGCGACUUAUCCUCAGCCCUUCUUAUCAACAGGAAAUGGCUUCGGUGAUCAGGUAAAUACGAGAGACGAAACAGGGGCAGCUGAAAAGUAUGAAAAGGCGAAUCCUUGCUGACGUCAAUGUUUACAUUUUUGCUCAUUAGCAUAGGAAUUAACCCAUAGAAGGCGUCGCCGUAUGUACAAGCUAGGUUCAAAAGAUGAAAGAGCUGGUUAAUAAUUUGAGCAGUAUAUGCAAUUUGCAUCUCUUUGCAACUAGUAACAAAGGAAAUAGCAGCAAUCAAAAACUGUGAAAUUUCUGGGCAGCAAAAACAGCUCAUACAUGCUUAGUUAGUUUGGGGUUUUUCCAAGAGAAUCUAUUAAGGGGUGUUAUCCAUUUAAAUGGGAAAAUGGAUUGGUUCGCGGUGUGGGCAAAUGGUAAGCAAUUCAUCAGUGGUUAAUUUUGUCCCGGAUCGCGUUUACCAUUUGUACAAAUCAGUUUCAUUUACCGAAAAACGGUCGCGAAGGCAUGGAACUGGUGUCAAAGAUGGCUUGGUUUGAAAUAGUUCAUCCGAAAAAAAAAAAACAAACAAACAAACAAGACAACCUUUUCAGAUGUUCCGUUGCUCCCGGAAAUUUUCCGUAAGAACGAGCCAAAAAGUCGUUUUCCAUUUACUUUCCAAACGGAUUUUCCAGAAACUAGUAGGAUUCCCCUUCAGAUUGUUUUCACUCGCGUGCUUUGCAGCCAUGCAAAUUUCUUGGAACAAAAGAAUUAUUUUUCUUUACAUUAGAAGUCCCCACAGUUUUCUGCACAGUAAUGGACUGUUUACAUGGAGGUGGGGGGCCCCAGGUAGACGAGGUAACCCGCUUAGGUGGGGUAACCCGCCUGUCCAUGUAACCUCUCAUUUCAGUAGCCUGUUGAGCACGUUUACAUGAUAGGUGGGGUGACCCGUCACAUUUUACCUCACUCAAAUGAGGUCCCCCACCUCCAUGUAAACAGGCCCUAACAUGGCCACCGUUUCAUUGUUUUGUACAGCAUUAUGGCCGCCGUGACGUCAUGCAAAAAGGUCUGAACAGUUCUUUCCUUAGCAUAUACCGCUGUAUUAACGAUUUUGAGUCAGCUUUAAAAUAAAACUUUCCUAUCACAUUUAUUCCCAUUUUGUCAUAAAAAUGUGCCACUUACUCGCACUGUUCAUUAGGUCCUUGGUACCGCGCUGUUUGUGGGCUGUGUCUUCGCCAUCACCGACAAAAAAAAUAAUGCUCCCGACAAAGGAGUAGCACCUUUUAUUAUCGGACUGUUGGUAUUCGUCAUCGGCACAACAUUUGGAUUCAAUUGCGGUUAUGCAAUUAAUCCUGCUAGGGAUCUGGGACCAAGGAUAUUCACUGCCAUGGCAGGAUGGGGCGGCGAAGUGUUCACGUGAGUAAAUGGAGCAUUAGUUUCUGAACAGUAUUAAAUUUUCAUGACUUGUUUAUCCAGCAAAACAUAAAACAUAAUUGGCAACGACGAAAACAAAACAGAAUAAUAAUAAUAAUAGAGACCUUUAGCAUCAGGUAAACCGCAAACCUCAAACCGCAAACCGCAGUUACGCGUUAGCAGUUUCGCGUUGCCGAGAUUUCAAACUUUAGCAAGGCGUUUAGUUCGAUUUGUUCAGUUCAGUUCAGUUCACUUUUAUUUAGCCAAAAUACAAUACAAUACAAGAAUACAUAUAGGAAUUGUAAGGUUGCAAGGGAGCCCAGAAGAAACCAGAAGGCUUUAUGAAGCCUGAGCUCCCCAGUCUAAAAGAAAUAAGCAAAAUAAAAUGAUAUUCGCGGAGUGAUACGUUAAAAAUAGGAACCAAACAGAGACUGAGUUAAGUUAUGAAUUUAGUAACAAGAUAGAAAAAAAAUUUAACUCUGGAUUGGAACAGAAUACUUUCCAUUGUUAGUACUGCAGAAAGGAAUAUAAAAUUGAUUUGAACUACGCGUUCAUUGUUUAGGGCCGCCAUGUUGUUUUCAUCAAGUCGAAGUGCAUCACUUUAAUCGCCCAAAAAUCAGCAAUAAUUCAUUGAUUCGAGAUCAAAAAUCCAACAAACACAUCGCAAACGGAUACAAAAAGCUAGUUCAUACCUUUAAACGCGAGGCUGUACAAUUUUUUCUGGCAAAAAACCUUGCCGUAAAUCACUUACCGCUGGAAGCCCUUCCUGCGGUUCAAACGUGAACUGCAAACUGCAAACGUGACCGCAAGGCCGUGGUCACGUGACAUUUUGCGGUUUGCGGUUUGCCGUUUCCCACGAAAAACCUGAUGCUAAAGGUCCCUAAUAAUAAAAAAGUACAAAAACAACAACUACAACAAAUUAUUAUUAUUUUUUUUUACAACAGAAUAAUGAUGUAAUGAGUUAUGAGUGGGGAGUAAAGAAACUGGGAUAAGGUGGAGCCCCCGCCCCCCGUUUUUUCCCCUUUCUCUCUUUUAGUCACCACGCACGUUUUCACUUCUUUUUGCCUUAUCCUCUUCCAUCCCUACCCUUGUCAACUAGAGAGCCUGAUCACAGGCAACCGAAGGUAACCUGCCUGGACAAAAUGGAACUAGAGCCUAAAACCUCGUUAACCUAAAUUCACAGGGCAAGCAAUAACUGGUUUUGGGUUCCAAUCUUUGCAUGUUUCCUUGGCGGUGUCCUCGGUGCCUUGAUCUAUGUUUUCUUCAUUGAAAUGCACCACGAUUUGGAGGAAGGAGAGGAGACCAAGCCGAUGGAACUCGAGAGCAUCAUUACUAGUGAGUAAAGACACUGCAGACGACAAGGAAAAGUUUCCAAGUCUGUUGGACAGAUCCGGACAGGGAGACCUGACGAAGAUAUAACCUUGCAUCAUAUUUGUCUUCUAUUGAUUUUAACUAUAGAUCGUCUAUAGUCAUGUAUACUUUUUUGAUUCCAUGGCAAGUCAAAGCCAUUAUAAAAUAUAUACUGUUUAUAAAAUAUCUGCACUUUUAUUUGACAUAAUAGUGCAAAAGACGGUGCAGACUUCUGAGUUUUGCUGACAGCAUUAGACAAAUCAACUUUCGCAAUCCCACAACUAUAAAAGAAAACUUAAAAUGCUACGGAGAUUAUUCGGUUAACCUUUCAGGUUAGAUCUGUUUUGCAUUAAUGUUGCAUUGAGUUUAGCUAGUCCUAGCUAGAACCAGCGCCAGGCUUGUCACUGGAUCUGAGUGGCGGCAGUCAAUUAUUAUGUAUGUCAUACCUAUUUUCGGCGUUAUUAGAAAUAUGAUUUAUGUCUCUAAUAUUAUAUUUUGCAAUUUUCCGUUUCUAAACUUAAAAGCCUCUUGUUACGUAACUUACAAAAAUAUAACUGUAAACAAUUAAGAAAAUAAUUAAAAGCUUGUUUUAAAAAUUUUGUUCACAUGC